GAUUUUGUACUUUGGACACCAAGAAUCCUUCACAUAUUCACAGACAACUGAGAAGAACGCAGCAGUGCGUGCGGACUGUAACCUCAUCAUGUUUCAUCUACAGAAUAUUGUUGCUUUCAUAAUACUCUUUGCCUCCAUUUGUCAGGCUCAAGCUGGUGGUCAACGGGCUUCAUCAGAUACAGCUAAAGUCACAUUACAGCCGUGGCUGGUGGGACUGACAGCCGUUGUUGUUUUUCUCUUCAUUGUCUUCGUCCUCCUCAUCACGCAAAGACUCUUUUUCAAGAAAGACAAAGAUGAACUAGAAGAAAAGGAUGAAGUGGCUGCAUUUUAUGACAACAAAGCGGCUGAUUUGGAGGCAAAUGAGGACAAAAAACACAAC